GCGAGGUGAAUGUCAAUUCGAACUGAACACACGUGCAGCGCGUUUUGAAUUUGUUACUUCAAUAUUUUAAUGUUAAAUCUGUUUGCAAUUAACUAAAAUCAUGCCGGCAGCAGUGGCUACAGGUGUGCAAAUCAACGGUCCAUUGAAAAAUAAAAAGAUUGUGUUCAACGACAAUGGUGAAGCACAAACAAAGCCCAUCAAAGCGAAGCACAACAAAAAAAAUGAAUUUCCAAAGCGGCCAAAAAAUGAUAAUGCACCUGCGAAAUCAAAUGGAUAUGUGAAAAAGGCACAAAAGAUUAAAUUCAACGACGCCGACAAUGAGGUGCAAGAGGUGCCACAAGCAGCGGUACCAAGUGGCAAGCACGAUAAAUUGGUGCUCGAUGCUGCGGGCAACGUGAAGAAACCGCAGCGUAUCAAGUUUGAUGACGACGGCGGGGAGCAGCAGCAAGAGGAAGCAGCGGAAGCUACUGACAGCGAUGCCGAGGAGGAGGAAAGGGAGAAGACCAAGAAGCGCAACAAGUAUCAGGCGCACACAGACGAAGACGAUGCGCAGAAGAAAUGGUAUCAUGUGCACCCGGAUUAUCCUUGCAGUGACGAGCUGCUGGACAUGAAGGAGAACGAGCAGCUGGAGCUGUUUAAUCUCUGCAAGAACGCUUACGAAUCGGAGAAGAGCACAUACUACAAACGCAAUCCCAGUGAUGCCCGCUGGCUGCAAACGGCGCUGCACAAGGGCACAGCCAAGGAUCGCGCUAAUGCUGGCGCUCUGCUCGUUACCAGCAAUCCGCUGGGCAAUUUGGAGGCACUGACGACGCUCAUUGGCUUCUGCAAGAUCUCCAACAAGAGCAGCAACGAUGUUAUCUCCGUGCUAACGGAUCUGUGGCAACAAGUGUUGUUGCCGCCACAGCGUAAAUUGUUUUCGAUCCACACUCGUGGCGCCGACUGGAAGAAGGUGAAGAAAGAGGAUUUGCACAAGGAUCAGAUUCGUCGCAUCUACGCUUACUGGUACUUUGAGAACGAACUAAAGGAUCAAUACCAUGAGUACCUGAAGAAUCUGAUGCAGGGGCUUCAAACUGGCCAAGAACACAACAAAACCGCCUCCAUUGUGGCUUCGGCUAGGCUGCUCGCUUAUGCGCCGGAGAAGGAGCAAAUGUUGCUCACCAUGCUGAUCAAUAAGCUGGGUGAUCCCAUUGCCAAGAUUGCGUCCAAAGCACUGCAUCAUCUAAGCGAGGUGGCGCAACGUCAUCCCAACAUGUGCGGCGUCAUUGUGGCCGAGGCGGAGAAGCUGCUCUUCCGCAACAACAUCUCGGAGCGUGCCCAGCACUUUGCCCUGUGCUUCCUCUCGAGCAUUGCGCCCUCGGGUCGUCCCGAAGUCUGCACCAAGCUCGUGAACAUUUGCUUUGCGCUGUUCAAGGUGCUGGUGCAAAAGGGCGCCGUCAACAAUCGCACCAUGCAAGCGAUUCUGCGCUGCCUGCAGAAAGCCAUCACCGAAGCCCAACCGGCCAAGGGUAGCACCGAGUUGCUGACCAAGGAGAUGCAGGAUACCAUCUAUCGACUGGUGCAUUUGGCGAAUAUACGCGUCUCAGUGCAAACGCUGGGUUUGCUGCUGCAGCUCAUCACUGUAAAGACGGAGAAAUCGGAUCGUUUCUAUAAUGCUUUGUACAUCAAGUUGCUCGAUCUGAAUCUGAUCAACAUUGGCACCAAGACAGCGAGUCAGCUGCUGCACAUUGUGCAUCGUGCGGUGCACAUUGAUCAGCAUGUGGCACGUGCGCAGGCGUUUGUGAAGCGUCUGCUGCAGAUUGCGCUCUAUGCGCCACCUCACAUGGCCGCCGGUUGCUUAAUUGUGCUGCACAAGCUGUUGCGCAUGCGCAAGGAGUUGCACGGCGGACUGGGCGAUGAGCAGCAGGCGGAGGAUGCACAGCAAGUGCUCCCCGUGGCAGCUGCUGCGGAACUGGACAAGUUUGGCAGCGAUGGUGAUGGCGAGGAGGUGUACAAGGAUGUCAAGGAAGAGGAGGAGGAGGGCGAGCAGAAGGAGAAAAAGGAGGAGGCAUCGGAGAAGAAGCCCAGUUCAUGGCAUCAUGCCAGUCUGGCGGCAAAUCAAGCAGAGGCCAAAGUUCGCAACAUCGAUGCCUGCAAAUACGAUCCGUAUCAUCGUGUGCCCGCCUUUGCCGGCGCCGGCUACGCACUGCGAAAUGAGCUGUUGCUGCUGCGACAGCAUUAUCAUCCCACCGUGCAGGUCUUUGCCGAGCAGAUACUUCUAGAGAAACGCAUUGAUUACUAUGGCGAUCCGCUGCGCGACUUUGGCUUGCCCCAUUUCCUGGAGCGCUUCGCAUUUAAGAAUCCCAAGAAACUGGAGCAUCAACCGGUGGCUGAAGGCGCCGCCAGUGCCGCCCACAAACGCUACACAUCCUUUGGGGCACGUGGCAAACCUGUGCGUUCGUUGACCAAACUGAACUGCACCGAGGAUGAGUUGUUCAUCUUCAACUAUUUGGAGCAGAAGCGCAAGCAGGCAGAGAUUGUGGAGCAGAGCAAGAAACAGCCCAAACUGGAGGAGACGGAGGAGGCAGACGAAGCGGCCGAUGAUGAUGACUUGAAGGAGGGCGAAGUGAAUGAUGAUGAGUUUGAGAGUUACUUGGACAAUUUCUUUGGCAAGAAGGGGAAGCAAGACGGCGACGAUGCAGAGGAUGACGAUGAGUUGAACUAUCUGCAGGAGUUGGGCGGCGAACUGCAAGCGGACAAGUCUAAGAAGAAGCAGAAAAAGAAGCAGUCAGAGGAUGACAUGGAUGAUGACGUGGAAGAUGAUUGGGCAGAUGAUGCUGGAGAUAUGGAUGAGGAUGAUGAUGAGGAAGACGAGGCCGAAAUGUCUGGCGGCGAAGAUCAGUCUGACGAUGAGACGGGUUCCAUUGAUCUGGAACCUUUGGAUGACGGUGAAGAUGACGAUGAUGAUGCGGGAUCCAUUGAUUUGGAUGGCGGCGAUAGCGAUUCAAGUGAGGCGCCCGAAAGUCCUGAUGAAGAGGAUGAUGAUGCGCCGCCCAAGUCGAAGAAAUCUCGCAAGGAUGCGGUGCUCAAUGAGCGCGGCUUUGCGCAGAAACUGAAACAGAGCAACGAUAUGAGUUCGCUCUUUGCGGCAGCUGAUGAUUUCUCUAACCUCCUGGAGGAGACGGCCAAGACGAAGGGCCAAGGCACCAGCAAUGCCGUCUUCAACAAGGAUAAAUCCUCCGAUAAGCAGCUCAAGUGGGAGGAGAAGCGACGCUCGAACAGCAAAAAUUACACUAGCAAAAAGUUUGGAAAGGGCGGAGGAGGAGGAGGAGGCAGAGGAGCUGGCGGCGGGAAGGGAAAGAAGCGCAAACAUUAAGCGCAAUGUUGAUAACUUAUAGAAAUUACGAAUUGUUUUAAUGCAAUAAAAUUAUACAAACA